AUGCGGCUCGAUCAGCCCUCCCGCAGGAAGAGCAGCUGGGCGUUCUGGAGAUCCGAAAACGCAGCAGAGCCGUCUUCGCCGGUCCAGGCCGCCGCUGACGCAACAACACCGGCCGGCGGGAAACCUCCGAAACCCCAGAAGAAAAACGUACCCCACGCCAACAGGCCCAACCUGAUAGUCCCGCAAAUAGAAGACACUCUUCCGCUGCUUUCCACACACAACCUACUUGCCGGAGGAGUGAAGCGGAUAAAGAAGAUUUUGGGAUACACAGACACGAGGGACACGAACUUGUUCCGGAAAGAGGAGCCGACGAUCUUCAAGAGGGUGCUGAUCAUCGGCGUGCACGGGUUCUUCCCGACAAAGAUGAUCAGACCAAUCAUUGGCGAGCCGACAGGUACCUCGAUGAAGUUCGCCCAGGUCGGAGAAACAGCAGUCUUGUCGUGGGCCAAGGAAAACAACCUCAACAUCGAGAUCCAGAAAAUAGCAUUGGAAAAAGAGGGCAAGAUCUUCGACCGGGUCGAGUUCUUCUUCGAUAUCUUGAAAAACUCCGCAAACGACAUCAAGAAGGCCGACUUUAUCUUUGUCUGCUCGCAUUCUCAAGGUUGUCCCGUCUCGGUUAUCCUCAUGUCAAAGCUGCUCGAGUAUGGUAUCAUUGACGAAAACAAAAAGAUCGGCAUCUUGGGCAUGGCCGGCAUCAAUAUAGGACCCUUUUUUGGUAUGGAUAGAUCAUUCUUUGUGCGGGCCUAUUCAACCAUUGAAAACGAGUCAUUGUUGGAAUUGUUCCAAUUCCAGAAUUUCGAAAGCUUGCAAAGCCGCAAGUACAUUGAGUCUUUAAGAAAUUUGGUGAGGCACGACGUCAAGUUGACGUUUGUCGGCUCCAUCGACGACCAGUUGGUCCCCUUAUACUCUGCCAUAGCCUUGCAUGUCCAACAUCCAAACAUUUUCAAAGCAGUCUACAUAGAUGGGUCGACAAACACCCCGGACUUCGUAGCCCGCAUCAUCAAGCUCUCGUGUAUGUUACACAACAUCGGAUCUACCGAUCACGACGUGAUAAAAGAGAUCUCCAACGCCCUGGCAGGGCCCAUCACCGGCGGCGGCCAUUCCAGGAUAUACAACGACUUGAAAGUCUACAAACUGGCCCUCGACUUCAUCCUCAAGACAGAGAGUUCCAACAUAGCCAUCGAACAGCCGGUCAGGUACAGGCCUUUUGACAUUAAAAAGCUCGGAAACGGCGCCAACCCGUUCAACCUCCCCUGGUGUGCACGAGGUCUUUUUUUCGAAGUCUCCAAGCGCUUGCCCAGUGGUAAGGACGAGAUCCAGUUGGUGUUCCGGGAGUUUGAAGAGUGGCAGCCUGAAUCCAAAGCCCUUAAAGACGUCAAAUAUAGACUCAACGGGAUCCGGGCAAAGUUCUGA